AUCCGGACGCCAUGUUGACCAGUGAUAGUAACUGGGUGCAACAGCUUAAACUGUCCGGUUUAUUAUUUUCACGGCAACCAGAGUUACACGUGCAUUACCGCCACCUACUGUGCUGGAGUGUGAACCAGAAUUAUUAUAAAAAAUCCAAUAAAAUGCUUAAUUAUCUGUAUUAAUAUGUUCGUCUUUAAUAAUAUUAGUCUCCCUGACCCGAUGUCUAACAUUUUGGGAUUUUGUUAUUAUACUUCAAGCUUCCUGAUUUAUUUAUUUAAAGUUUCUCUUUCUUCUCUGUAUGACAUGUUCUACUGUCUCCUCGACCUGGCAGUGUUCACAUAGUCCUGAUGGGUGUUUCUUCUGCUAAAUGCAAUGUUUUGUUCAGUCUAGUUUGUCCUAUCUAAGCCUUGUUAACAAAUUAUCUUCCUUGGUGCUCGUUUUGUAUACAGUGAUAGUGAUAGGGUGCAACAGCUUAAACGGCCCGACUCGGAACAAGAAACGGCCCGUUCGUGAGGGUUGAGCGUUACCAUGGAAACAAACAUAAACGUUAACUAACGUUAGCUUACGGAGCGGAGAGUGCCGAGUGAACUUUACCGGACAAAACAUAUUGUAAACUGCUAGAUUAUCAAUACUAAACAAGUAUUUAUAAUUUGUAUUUAUGCUGCUUGUUGAUUUGAUAUAACUUUUUGGAGGAGUCCACUCCUAAAGUCCAGGAAAAAAGAUGGGAGAUGAAGUGGAUCACAAGAUGAAAGUUGAAGAAGUGCAGGAAAAGAUGGGAGAUGAAGUGGAGGACAAGAUACAAUAUGAAGAAGUCCAGCAAAAGACGGGAGAUGCUAAAAUAACCUCUGUUAUAAAAGACACAUUUGAUGACAAGAUAAAAGAUGAAGGAAUCAAGGAAAACAAAGAAAACCAGGAACCUCAGGAGGAAAUGAAGAAACAGCAAUGGCCACGCAUGACCAAGAAGUUCCUGAGAGACCACUGUAAGCAGCUCAAACUCUACCGCACACCUCACCUGAAUGACACCAUGUACCUGCACUUCAAAGGCUUCUCCACCAUCGAGAACCUGGAGGAGUACACAGGUCUGAAGUGUCUCUGGCUGGAGAGCAAUGGGCUUCACCGCAUCCAGAACCUGGACGCCCAGACAGACCUGCGCUGCUUGUUCCUCCACCAGAACAUCCUAGAAAAGCUGGAGAACCUCGACCCUCUGGUGAAGCUCUGCACCCUGAAUGUCUCCAACAACUUCAUAAGCACCAUAGAGAACCUCUCCUGCCUCCCUGAGCUGAGCACUCGGCAGAUAGCCCAUAAUAAGCUGAAGACCGCGGAGGACAUCGAGCAUCUGAGACACUGUUGUGCAAUCAGUGUGCUGGACUUGUCCCACAAUCUGCUCCAGGACCCUGAGAUCCUGCUGGUGCUCGAGGCCAUGCCAGAACUCAGAGUGCUGGACCUGAUGGGGAACGAGGUGGUGAGAAGAAUCCCAAACUACAGGAAGAACAUGAUCGUGCGUCUGAAGCAGCUCACCUUCCUGGACGAGCGCCCCGUGUUCCCCAAAGACAGGGCCUGUGCAGAGGCCUGGGCUGUGGGGGGGCUGGAAGGGGAGAGUAAAGAGAGGGAGCAGUGGGAGACACGAGAGAGGAGGAAGAUGCAGGACAGCUUCGAUGCCAUGAAAGAGAUCAGAGACAGAGCCCUGGAGAGAAAACGCCUGCGAGAGCUGAAGGAGAAAGGGUUGACUGAGGGUUCCACCUCUCCAGAGACUAGUGAGGAUAAUGAAACCCAGGUUGUGACUCCAUCAAAAGAAGGGCUGGUCGAGUCGUUUGUGCAGGACUGCCUGGAUGUUCACGAAGAGUUCUUGCAGAGUGAAUCCACACAGGGGUCCGAUGAACAUCUGCCAAACAGUGAACAUCUGGAAGAAGUUGAAGGUCUACAGAGGGAGAAGUUAGAGGAAGAUGACCUGGAGAAAUCUGUGACGGAAGAGAAAGAGAAUCCAGAGCAGGACAACAUGAUUGAGCAGUUUGGAGAGAAGCAGCCGUCUCCGGUUGAAGAUGUUCUACCACCACAUGGUCCAGGACCGCUGGUUACAGAGCUGGAGGAUGACGAGCAGCUGGAGACUAUUCACCUUCGUCUGCAGCGCUCACUGCGCAUCGACGACCUGCCUGACCUGGAGGACGUGGACACAGAGGACUACACUGCGGUGUUCUCAUCUCAGAAAGCUUACAGACCUAAGAUAGAGGUCAUAUCAGGAAGCAGUGAGGAGGAGGAGGAGGAGGAGGAGGAGGAAGAGGAAUCCACGGAGAGCGACAGCGAUAACAGCCCCAGCUUCGGUCAGGAUGAAAUGACAUCGUUCUUAAAGAGCGGAUCCUCUGAGGUCUCCAACAGUUCCUAUGCUCUGGUGUAUCCAGGAGAUGGGGCAAUACAUUCUGAGCCAGUGCUGAAGAUCAAACCAAAGCAAACCCCCUCUCCACCUCGCUGCCUGAUUGAGGAGGUGGAAUGAUGCUAAUGAUGAUGCUACGUAUGCUAAUAACCGAGUGAGACCAAAAAGAGCCCAAUCAGGGCAGUUUUAACUUUAAGAAUCAAUAUUUAGCUGUUGUUGUAUUUAAUGUGAUUCAUUGUCUAGCUUAUUUUUGUUUAAACAUUUCAAAGCCAGUUUGUUCCUAUUGUA